AUGAGUCUUGAGGAAAAUCAAGUAGUCCGAGAGGAAAGUCAAGUAGUCCAAGAGGAAAGUCAAGUAGUCCAAGUGGAAAAUAAAGUAGUCCAAGUGGAGAAUAAAGUAGGCCAAGAAGAAAAUAAAGUAGUCCAAGAGGAAAAUAAAGUGGUCCAAGAGGAAAAUAAAGUAGUCCAAGAGGAAAUCCAAGAGGAAAGUCAAGUAGUCCAAGAGGAAAGUCAAGUAGUCCAAGAGGAAAGUCAAGUAGUCCAAGAGGAAAGUCAAGUAGUUCAAGAGGAAAAUAAAGUAGUCCAAGAGGAAAGUCAAGUAGUCCAAGAGGAAAGUCAAGUAGUCCAAGUGGAAACUAAAGUAGGCCAAGAGGAAAGUCAAGUAGUCCAAGAGGAAAAGAAAGUAGUCCAAGAGGAAAAUAAAGUAGUCAAAGAGGAAAAUAAAGUAGUCCAAGAGGAAAGUCAAGUAGUCCAAGAGGAAAAUCAAGUAGUCCAAGAGGAAAAUCAAGUAGUCCAAGAGGAAAGUCAAGUAGUCCAAGAGGAAAGUCAAGUAGUCCAAGAGGAAAAUCAAGUAGUCCAAGAGGAAAGUCAAGUAGUCCAAGAGGAAAGUCAAGUAGUCCAAGAGGAAAGUCAAGUAGUCCAAGAGGAAAGUCAAGUAGUCCAAGAGGAAAAUCAAGUAGUCCAAGAGGAAAGUAAAGUAGUCCAAGAGGAAAAUCAAGUAAUCCAAGAGGAAAGUCAAGUAGUCCAAGAGGAAAGUCAAGUAGUCCAAGAGGAAAAUCAAGUAGUCCAAGAGGAAAGUAAAGUAGUCCAAGAGGAAAAUCAAGUAAUCCAAGAGGAAAGUCAAGUAGUCCAAGAGGAAAAUAAAGUAGUCCAAGAGGAAAGUGAAGUAGUUCAAGAGGAAAAUCAAGUAGUCCAAGAGGAAAAUCAAGUAGUCCAAGAGGAAAGUCAAGUAGUCCAAGAGGAAAGUCACUUACACGAAAGUGCUGAUCAGGCAAAGUGA